AUGUAUUGGUUUUUUUCGAGACGCACGCGGGUGGUUAUAGAGCAGGGAGGAUCUGUCGCAAUCUGGGCUUUGAAAAUUCCUUUCGAGUGGAUGAUGUUGGUCAGAGUGGAGGCUGUGGUUACUCUGGAGAGAAAAAAUAGCACCCUCUGUGUAAGGAUCUUUUGGUCAGGAUAUCCAAAGCUCGAGCAAUGGGGGUCAAUCAAUGCAGAGCGGCGAGGAGGACUCAAACCAAUCUAUGGAGGCUCAAAUGGAUGCAGAUGGAAACCCGGCGCGACAGAAACCGCUGGAGAAAGAGGUGGUGGGACAAGGGUUGGGGGAGCCGAAACAAUAACGGAUCUCCCCGGUUUUUCCGAUCAAUUCUUGGAUAAUAGCAAUGAAUCUCAUUCUAUGGAACUGCCGGGGGGGGUGAAUAUACCCAAUUUCAGAAGAUCAGUUCGUUAUAUGUUGAAAAAGUCGAUUGUGGAUGUAUUGGCUUUUUUCGAGACGCACGCGGGUGGUGAUAGAGCAGGGAGGAUCUGUCGCAAUCUAGGCUUUGAAAAUUCCUUUCGAGUGGAUGAUGUUGGUCAGAGUGGAGGCUGUGGCGUUGACGGACAGUUGGUCAUCGGAGGAGACUUUAAUACAAUCGUUAGAGUUGAUGAAAGUGAAGGUGGAAGUGGGAGAUUGUCGUUGGACUCGGUGGCGUUUGGGGACUGGAUCCAGGAUCUCUCGCUAAUUGACAUGGGAUUUAAUGGAAACAAGUAUACGUGGAGAAGGGGACGGUGUGAGAACUCUUUUGUAGCCAAACGGCUAGAUCGUGUUUUGUGUAGUGUCCAUGCUCGGUUGAAGUGGCAGGAAGCCAAGAAGAAGAAGGAGCAGCUGCUGAACAAGAUCAAAGAAGUGCAGGAGAAGAUAAAGGCUCUUCAAACAGAUGCGUUGUUAGCAAGGGAUGUAAUGCUACUGAAGGAAUUUGAUGGUAUUCUGGAGCAGGAAGAGGUGAUAUGGUACCAGAAAUCGAGGGAGAAGCAAGUGCGAUAG